AUCUUCCCCUCCGCACACUGACCGAAAUCCGUCGUUCAAAGCAGACACUAUUAAAAUAACAACCCCCAUCAACUUCCCAAUGGGCCCUCUUUCAAUGCUCGAAAUUACGAAUUCCCCCCUUACCUCUCCCAUCCUAUUCACCCAAAAGAGAAGGGCAAUUGGGUCAUUUGCUCUAUCAAAGGGAAAAGAAAGCUCUAGUUCGUUUUUCCAUCUUUCUCAAUCGUUUUUCCUUCUCUCUCUCUCGUCCUUUCCAGGUGUCCUUUUCUCUUCUGCUUUCCGCCCAAAAUGGAGAAAGGAAACCCUAGCUCGGAAAUCCGAUAGAUGUUCCAUUUCCAGUUGGUAGAAGAUGGAAUCGUCAGUUGAGCUGUCGAUGCUCCAUCGGAUUUUUUGGCCAUCCAAAGGAUAUCGCCUAAUUCAGGUUCUGUCGUGUAUUUUGUUAUGUCUGGCUAUGUGUGGGCCCUGUGCCACGAGGAAUCAUUUGGUUUCAUGUGCCAAUGGGUGGUGGGACUCUUUGGAUUAUGAUGCAUGCAGAUCCUAUACAGACAAUGAUGCGAGCCUUCAAGAUUUACUUUUUGGGGAUGUGAGCUCAAUCUAUAUUCAAGGAAAUUCACCUAGGUUAUCUGCCAUUAAGAGUGUUUGUACCCAGUCAGAUCUUUUUUGCUUUCCAUCAACAUUGCCUGGUUUUUUGGCUAAAGAAGAUGAUAAUGGAGAAGCUCAGAACUCAAAUGAUUCUACAUCAACUGAAGUAUCGGUCCUGCAUAAUACCAGGGAAAGUAACUCAAGCUGGAAUAUGGACCAUGCCACCUUUACCUUAUCAAAUGGGCGGUUAAUUUCAUGCUCUUUGAACUCUGCAUGGGAACCCCGUGAGAAGUUGCCUCCUCUUGACAAUAAUUUUGAUCAGAAUGGUCUUGAUUCUUGUAAAGGACCUUCUCUUCCAAAUGUUUCAAUGCAAAAACCAACUACGUCCACAUCUACUUUGGAUAAGAACCCCAAGGCAGUUGCAUCCGAUCUUUUCAACGGUUCGUCAUCACUGCAUGUGUCAAUAAGUCCUCCUUUAUUGGACUGGGGAUUGAAUCAUUUGUAUGUCCCUUCUUUAGCUUUUUUAACUGUGGCUAACACAUGCAAUGACACCAUUUUACAUGUCUACGAACCAUUCAGUACCGAUCCACAGUUCUAUACAUAUGAUUUCAAGGAGAUGUCUCUAGCACCUGGUGAGGCUUCUACCAUUGCUUUUGUUUUCUUACCGAGGUGGUUGGGCUUGUCAUCAUCUCAUUUAGUCUUGCAAACUAGCUCAGGGGGGUUCGUGAUAAAUGCCAAAGGUGUUGCUGUCGAGUCCCCAUAUGGAAUACAGCCUUUAGUAGGCCUGGAUAUUUCUUCAGAUGGAAGGUUGAGAAAGAAUCUGUCAUUAUACAAUCCUUUCGAUGACGGCCUCUUUGUUGAGGAAAUAGCAGCAUGGAUUGCAGUCACUACAGAUAAUACAUCCCACUAUGCGCACACAGUUUGCAGUGUAGACACUUCUCAUGCUUCUGACCGGUUUAGUUCUUCCCUCAAUGUUAAGGAGUGGUUGAAUGUUAAGAGUGAAACAGGCUUACGGUUGAUGGGAAUAAGGCCAUAUGGGCAGUGGGAGGUUGGUUCCCACAACACUGAAACUAUCAUAGAGGUAGACAUGUUGUCACAUGUGGAAGGAAAAGCUUUUGGUGCUUUCUGUAUGCAGUUGCGAAGUUCUUCAUGUGAUAGGACUGAUACAGUUAUAGUUCCUCUUGAGGCAGAGGUGCAUGGUAGGGUAGCAUAUAAAUCUUUUACAGGUUCAGUUUCUGUGUUCCUUGAGACUGCCAUGGCAUGCAAUGAUAAGGGAUCAAUUGCUGUUACACUCUCGCUAAGAAACAGCGCUUCAUAUAUAUUAAGCUUGGUCAAAAUUAGCGAAGUUACAGAAAACGUGGAGCUUUUCCAGGUCAAAUACAUGGAAGGGUUAUUACUUUUCCCUGGGACCGAUACACGCAUAUCUGUGGUCAUUUAUACUCCCCCUCAUGAUUUGCAGGAUCCACCAAUUGGAAUUCCAAGUAUAAGUUUGAAUUGCAAGCUUCUUAUAGUUACAAAUGAUUCGCGCAAUCCCCGUAUUGAGAUUCCUUGCUUAGAUUUAGUCCACAGUUGUUCAAGACUUCAAUUUGAUUCAGCUUUUGCUGCUCCCGGGAGUCCAUAUGUUGGAUUGGAUUUUCAAGAAGAGAAGGAAGAGUCAACAAGAACUGGAUCAUUAGGCAGCAUUAUUCAAGAACCUUCACCAAUAAAGUGGAAGGUCUCAGACAUUGCAGAAGCAGAUGAGCUGAUACUAAGAAACUGGAGGUCUCAGGGCACCUCAAGUGGCAUGUCUGUUCUUGAAGAUGAUGAGUUACUUUUCCCAAUGGUCCAGGUUGGAACUCAUUGUUCUGAAUGGAUCAGUGUGACCAACCCAAGUGGAGAACCAGUUGUGAUGCAGCUUGUCCUGAAUGCAGGGUUGAUCAUCGAUCAGUGCAGAACUGCUGACGAGCUCUUACAAAAUCCUAUAUCAAGUAGUUUUGUUUGUAACAAUUCUGUCUCAACCAAGGAUGGGUUCUUUCUAGCGGAGACUGCAAUAACGGAGGCGUAUGUCCAUCCUUAUGGUAGAGCAUUUUUGGGACCGAUUGUAUUUCACCCAUCGAAUCGAUGCAUGUGGCAAAGCUCAGCUCUGAUAAGAAACAAUCUCUCAGGUGUGGAGUGGUUGCCUUUACGGGGAUUUGGAGGGUCACUUUCGCUGGUCCUGCUUGAGGGAUCUGAGCCCGUCCAACACCUGGAAUUCAACCUUGAGGUACCGAUUCCUCUCAAUAUGUCUCCAACAGACUUGGAAGGCACCAGCUUUGCCUGUGUUCAGCCAUUGUCAAAAGAGCUAUUUGCGAAAAAUACUGGAGACCUACCUCUGGAGGUGAGAAGAAUUGAAGUAUCAGGAACAAUUUGUGGGUUGGAUGGGUUUAUGAUACAAACUUGUAAAGGUUUUGCUCUUGAACCAGGAGAAUCAAUUAGGCUUCUAAUUUCAUAUCAGACAGACUUCUCUGCUCCUGUGGUUCACAGAGAUCUCGAGCUGGCGUUGGCUACCGGCAUGCUUGUGAUCCCCAUGAAAGCCAAUCUUCCUGUUUACAUGCUUAGCCUCUGCAGGAAGUCAUUUUUCUGGAUGCUGCUUAUGAAACUCUUUCUAGUGGCAUCGGUGGUCUUGGUUGCUGCUGCUGUAACAUUCAUGCUGUUUUACCGCAUUCUACCCCAAGUAAUGGCCUCUCGUACUCACGAUUACUUGUGCAGAAGUGAUAGAAAUGCCAUUGCCACUAUCAGCAGGGCUGAUAAACCUUCUCGGGCACAUCGUAACCAGAGAAAUAUCAGGUCACUCAGGGAAGAAGCUGAGAAGCCAGAUAUGUGUUUUGUUACUGGAUAUUCUGAUCAUCCAAAUGGUAUUCAGGAACUAAAAGACACUGCUCAAGAAAUGAAAAAAAUGCAGGAUCAAGAAGCCCAAAUUUCCAGUCCCUUGGAGUGUCAGAAAACCUCUUCGCCGCCUGCUUCAAUAGCAAAGUCAACGCCUGUAAGCGAGUGCGCUGUUAUACCAGAAUCACCACAAACUGGUAAAUUGAGAGUCAGGAUUGAAAGAGAAAGAGGAAGGAGAAGGAAGAGGCGGGCUGCUGGCGCAAGUGCUGGAUUGACAGGAAAGCUUGAGGUUUCAAGCAGUCAGAGUGGGAAUUCUACACCCUCUUCUCCAUUGUCGCCUCUCACAGCUUUCACACCUAAACGAAUCUGGUCUCUCUCGCCUGAUGUCGAGAAUUCCAUCGAGGCUCCGGAACAUCCAUUUGUUGGUGCUGCAAAGCAGCAUCCCAGGAAGGAACGGGUCUUCGAAAGUGCUGCUGAAGCAGGAUUACAGGAACCUGAUAUUGCCAUCAAAUGCUACAAUAACAGUUCGUUGUUUUCUGGUCAUGAGCAGCCUUCCACGCCCAUAAAACCGACCAGCAGCCGGCCUGUUCUUUUGCCUUCUGCCACAUUUCCGGUCAUGGGUUGGCGUGCACCUGGUUUCAUGGGCACUUCCCCAUUUUCGGGUUCCUCUUCUGCUAUCGCUCCACCUGCUCGGGCCCCAGGGUUCAAAGUCGUUAAGGAGGAACCAGUUAAACCAAAGGAAAAGGUAGGGCUUCAGGAAGAGUUUACAUAUGACAUCUGGGGUAACCAUUUCUCUGAAUUUCACUUAAUGGAUAAGCCAAAUGAGUGCUCCCCAAAGGUAUCUGAUGCUUCAGUAGGCAACUCUCAAAGCUUCUUUGCAAUGGGUCCGCAGUCACUCAAGCAGAUGACUCGUCAAAGGUCUUUGUCUCCGACUUCUAAGUUGGACAGCUGCUUUCCCACUGCACAUGUUGCUAACAUGUAGCAGGGGCAUUUUCACAUCGGGCUCGAGUGGGGUGGCCUGUGGGAUCUGUUUUCUCCAACUGCCAUGACAGAGUUCAGCACGAUUUAGGGGUGGCACCCUAAUCUAACUUAAGCAAUCAUGGUUUCUAAAUGCUCCUUACGUGUGUUUGGUUUCGCCUCAUAAUGGGCUCCUCUAUGCCUUUUAAGAUGAUUAGGAGAGGAAAUGUGUUGGGUCUCAAGGUUUAAAAUUGGUGUUUUUGUUGUUCACCACCUAUUUACAUCGCAUUAUAUCAGGCUAUUUCAUGCCAAUAUGGGUCGAGACAUCCAUGGACGAUACUGCUACUGCUGCUAAUCAGACUAAGACUCUAAACCAACU